UAAUUUUAAAAGUAUAUUACCUAUGAUGUCGUGCAGUCAAGAGGUGCCUGACUAUGUGCACCUCUGUACUUGUGCAAACGACAAUCCUUACCGAGUUUGAUGGCUGAUGGGCAUGUAGUGGGCACGGUCUCUCCUGACGGUCUUCGGAAGUUUCUCAGGACCGAGGAGGGCAAACAAUGGCUGUAUUCUGUUCUUCGAAGGCACAAAGAAUUGAGAGGUGCGGUGGGAGAGAAGGUGCUUGGCUUUGGUGAUGCUGCCAUCGACAAGAUUGUGGCUGCCAUCCGCGACCCCCUCACCCUCGAUGCAGCUAAGGCAGAAUGGAUCGCCAACCAGUUGCUGGAGGCUGGCGAACAUGGCAUCCUGCUCCCUGUCAACGUGGUGCUGGAUGCAUAUGUCCGUGGGAAGUCAAGGUACUACUUGCGGAAGCAUGCCAUACGCUCCACAGCUGCUGUGGCUGCAGCCUGUGCAGCAGUGCAUGUGGUCAAGCUGGGGCUGAAGCGUGCGACGCGCGAUGUCAAGUAUGUUGGCCCUGCGAUGGCAUUCGCCAUGGACGUGGCAUUGCCUACAAGUGUAUUGGGGCCCCUCUUGAUGGCACGGCUGAUGCUGUGAUCCAUCUUGCAGCGCUGCUGUAACAUUAAUGGCUGGCCAGCGGGCUCCGAUGUGCACAUGCACACACGAUGGGAGGAAUUUGGCUGCCAGUUGGGUCCGUUGCAACCAGUGUGCAAGGCCUGAUAAAUCAUCAAUGCCAUUGGCUGGCUCUAAACGCGUGCUGGGAAGGUUUUUUUCCCCUUGUAAAUAGGUUUAGGCAGCUAUGCUGCCUGAUCCUGUGCUUCACGGAUGUGCAGAGUCCUGCUGCAUGUAUUUUGUAAGUAUUAUGUGCAAUGCUGACAUCAAAUUUGCACAGCAAUUCUAUUCAAGGGUCUCUGUUUGUUUCUUUUUUGCUGUAACAGCGUGUUUGUUGACUGUGCAAUGAAUCCUUUUCCUGUUGUGGUCUAGACCUGUAAUGCAGAUCUGUAAUGC